CUCUGCCCCGGGCUCUAGGCCCGCAGGAGGGGCGGCGGGGGCCGUGCGGCGGCCGGGGAGCCGGGGUGCAGCCCCGAGUGCAGGGGCCGGAGGAGCGGGCAGGGAGCGGAAGGAGUUCGACACCCCCCAGACCUGCGCCGGCAGGGGAAGCUCACGUGCGGCUGCACAGGCAGGAGCCCAGCGCGGGCGCAGAGGUGGUCGCAGAGCGCUGUGCGCCGCGACGAACGUCCAGCAUUUCCAGGUCACUGGUUUUUACAGAGCUGGUUAUGUCUGAGGUGGGUCUUGAGAUGAAUCAGAGUUUGCCGGCGCAGGAGGGAGGCACUGGAUCUCCAGGCAGGGGGAGCUGCAGGUGCAAGGGCACCGACUGGGGCAAGGCAAGGGUUUGGGUUUCUGACAGGAUGGUGACAGGAUAGGGGAUGAGGGUGGUGGUACAAGAGAUGAUUCUUGGCAGGUAAGCUGGGUCUCUGCAUAGUGAAUGGAAUCGUCUGCGGUGCAGAGGAUUUGGACGUUUUGAGGUGCAAGUCAAGCCAAAGUCUUUGAGCCCUGGGGUGCUGGGUAAGUCGCUGUGGGGACAUUGUAGGGCAAGGACUGAUUAGUGGCUGGGAAGUAGAAGUCUUGAUGGCUCUACAUUAGCACUGUUUGUGUUCUUAAGGAAAAAGGGAAGAGAAAGGGCAGAAGCUUGGGCUCCCAGAGGUACAGGAAAAGCAGACAUUAAGACUGGGAAGCUGGGAAGAAAGAGUAGGGUGGGGAGUGGCAGAGUGCAGGGAGUAAAGUCAGAGUUUGGAUCUGCCCUUUGGAGUCCGGCCUCCAGGGCAGCCCCAGUGUACUGAGGUGCCCUUAGCUUCCCCUGUGGCUGGUGACAGUGAGGAGGAGGGAGAGAAGGGAAAGAAUCUCACACAGGGACAGCAGGGGUGGCAAGAGUGAGGACCGAAGGCGGCGUGGCACAGUAAAGAAGAGCCAGAGGAGGCAGACAGCCCUGGAUUCUAUCUCCGUUCUGUAACUUUGGGAGCAGUAAAUCUCUGAACCUCAAUUUCUUCUUCUAUAAAAUGAAUCUAAUGCCCUCCUCAGAGGCUGUGAGGCAUACACCAAGUAAUAUAUGUCAAGUGCUUGUCCUGGACUCGAUAGAUGGUAGUUGAACUUGUUAUCAAGGGUUGGUGACCUCAGACAGAGGGCCCACUGCAGGGAAAGGAUGGCUCCUGGAGCACAGAUAGUUGUUUUGGGCAUAAGGAUAAAGAGGGAAAAUUUGUAGAGACUCAUGAAAAAGGUGAGAGGAUGUUGGGAAGUUAAGAUGAAGAGCCAUGAGAAAUUGAUGGCUGAUCCUCUAUAUCUCUGGAAGUGCAGGGUACAAAUCUGCUGAGGGUUCUCUUAGACAUUCAGAAUCCAGAAACUCAACUGGCACGCCCUCCAGUGCCUCUUAGUGCCUGGUCUGCCCCUUACUCCAGGCCUGGGUCUGGGAUUGUCCUAGGGCAUUUAAACACAUGUUGUUUCAGGAGUCAGUGACCUUCGAGGAUGUGGCCAUCUACUUCUCUGAGAACGAAUGGACCGGCCUGGCCCCUGCUCAGAGGGUCCUGUACAGGGACGUGAUGCUGGAGAAUUAUGGGGCUGUGGCUGCCCUGGCAGCAUUUCCAUUUCCCAAACCGGCUCUGAUUUCCCAGCUGGAGCGAGGGGAAGCACCCUGGUGCAAGGCUCCUCAGGGAGCUCUGGAUGGAGAGGGCCCGAGGGGCAUCUCCUCAGGAUAUCCAUUUCUAAAGCCUGCUGGGAUCUCCCAUUUUGAGCAGGUGGAAGAGCCAUUGAACCUGAAACUUCAAGGAGAGGGUCCAAGCCUAAUCUGUACUGAGGGUGUGUUGAAGAGUGAGAAAGAAGAUUUUAUUCUGAAGGAGGGAAGUUUUGAGGAGGCAAAGGACCACAUGGUGCUAUCAAGUGGACCCCGGUGGUGUGGCUCCCAGGAAUUCUGGUUUGGAAAAACCUGUGAGGAGGAAAAAAGCAGGUUAGGGAGGUGGUCUGACUACUCCAAUGGGAGAAGUUUGGAGAACACCGCAAAUGAUAUUAUAGAAGUGAUUGUCAAAGAUGAGAUGGUCUCUGGCGAAGAUAGUUCAGAGAAUGCUGGUGUUAAUAUCCCCCUUGGUAUACAUCAGAAAAUUUUCAGUGAGCAGGUAUUCUAUAUAUGUGAAGAAUGCGGCAAGUGUUUUGAUAAAAAUGAAGACUUUGACCAACAUCAGAGAAUUCAUAAUGGAGAGAAGGUCUAUGGAUGUAAGGAAUGUGGGAAGACUUUCAGUUUUAGAUCACAUUGCAUUGCACAUCAGAGAAUUCACACGGGGGUGAAACCAUACGUGUGUCAAGAAUGUGCUAAAGCCUUCGUUUGGAAGUCAAACCUGAUUCGGCACCAGAGAAUACAUACUGGAGAGAAACCCUUUGAAUGUAAGGAAUGUGGGAAGGGCUUUAGUCAGAACACAAGCCUUACACAGCACCAGCGAAUCCACACUGGAGAAAAACCAUAUACAUGUAAGGAAUGUGGGAAAAGCUUUACUCGGAACCCAGCCCUACUUCGACAUCAGAGAAUCCACACUGGGGAGAAGCCUUAUGAAUGCAAGGACUGUGGGAAAGGCUUUAUGUGGAACUCCGAUCUUGCUCAGCACCAGAGGGUCCACACGGGGGAGAAGCCUCAUGAAUGUACUGACUGUGGGAAAAGCUUCAUCUGUAAGGCACACCUUAUCCGACAUCAGAGAAUCCAUACUGGGGAAAGGCCGUAUAAAUGUAAUGACUGUGGGAAGGCCUUCAGUCAGAAUUCUGUUUUGAUUAAGCACCAGCGGCGCCAUGCUAGAGAGAAACCUUGUAAUUGUCAGAUAUCUCACCUUCUUGAACGUUAGAGAAUGCAUAAUGGUGAUAUUUGUUUAUAAUUCUUAUGCUACAGGAACCCCAGAGACAAAACAAGGUGAUCGUCCACUUUGUUAUAACUUUAAUAGCCAGUAUUAUCUUGUCCCCUCUGAACAGGUACCCUGUACUCUAGUAAGACUGGUCUCCCUGUUCAACCAUGUUCAUGCUAGGCAACUUUUAGUUGAGUAUCUACUCUGUCAGGUACUAUGCUAACCACUUUACAUACAGUCUUUAGUUUUUCUUAAUCCUAUUAAGGUAGGUACUCAUACUCAUUUUACAAAUGAGAGAUCUGAGGUUGAAAGAAGUUAUAAAACUAAUUCAAGGUCACUCAGCUAACAUGUUAUAGAAUUGAGAUUCAAGUAGGUCUAUCUGACUCCGGAGUCUGCUGUUCUCUAUUUGUGCACAUUUCUACUUCUCAAAUUUAUUUGCUCAACUUUCCCUAGGCUAAAAAUUUCCUUCCUCAUCUAAGACCCAGCUCCUUCAAAUGAACAGACCUUCCUCUUCUACUUGUAAUCAGUACUGACUUGUGUGUCCAAAUUGGUAUUUAACUAUGUGCUGUCUUAAUAUUUUUCUAAUGUCUAUGUGUGUUAGUCCAGCUAAAUGGCUCUUUGAGGAUCAAUACUGUAUUUUAAGUUUUUCAAAUUUGGAAACUUAUUUAUUUCUGAGUAGGUAUAAUGUGCUUAUGGUAAAAAAAAAAAAAAAAGUUGCAAUAGUUUAAAAAGGUGUUCAGUGAAAAGUGUAUCUCCUUGUCACUCUUGUCUCCCAAUCUACCUCUUCAGAGACAGCCACUAUUACUGGUUGUGUCUUCCUGGAUAUAUUCUUUCUAUGUGUAAGUACUUAUUAAUACUGCUUUCAUAAGUCUACCUUAUUGAAAGCCAUAUUUGAUGUAGAUGACAAUGCGGUUACAUUGCCAACCCCAGAAUUUCUCUUCCUCAGAAGUCAUGGUCCACCUUGAGGUCACCAAGGUAACUUAAGAAAGUAGCAGAGGGUAGUCUGGAGGUGCAGUCUUGGGAGACCUGAUUUCCCCUUGUGUUAUAAGAUAGUACUCUGGGACUGGGAAAAUGUAAACCGAGUGGGAGAUUUUUUUGUUUUCUUGGGUUUGUUUUCCCAUAAAAUUUUGUAUAGCUACAAUACCUCUCAUUCCACUAUCCCAAAUCCCUUUCCAGUCUCUUCUCAUCAUGAUAGCCCACAUUCCAGAGUAAGCUGUAUUAUUAGAGAAUGGUACUGACCAUCUUCAAGGGUUAGAGAAACAGAGGCCCUAUUCAGAGAAGAAUGCUGGCCAAAACAGAUGAAACAUACAUUCCAGACUUCACCUUGAGAGCUAUUUUUCAGCUUCCAGUUUGCCUCUCUGCUAAUUAGACAUUCUACUUUAGAAGCUCCCAGCCAGAUAAUAUAAUUGCUGACUAAGGAGCAAGGAAGAGAAGCCAGAGGCUGGCUUGGAUUAAACCACAUACAUAUCUCUAGGGCCCCUGAUUGCUGAAGCCUAAAUCUAUGUAAUAAGGAGAACUUGGCUUAGCAUACUCCAGUUAGGGUAACCUCUCGUAAAACCUCUCUAUUUUGUACUAAAUAGAACCAAGAAAUGGAAAUGAGUGAUAUGAAGGGUAUUUGGGGGAAGUUUAUUAAGCAAAUAUCACUGAGCACCUGCUUGUAUGCAAAGCACUAUGCGAGGUGCUGAAUAAACAAUAGUCAGAACUGCUUCCUGCCUUUCUAGAAUAUUAAUCUAGUGAGAGAGAUUAUGAAGGAAUGAAUGGUACAGAGAGGGAAUGAUGGAGAGGGAGCAUCUUUAUAUAAAUAGGGAAGGUCUAUCCUAAGAGGUAACAUUAAAGCUAAAUCUCAGAAUGAGAAGAAGGCACAUGUAUCAAUAAUAGGGGAAGGAAGAGGGAACAGCUCUGCAGACUGAUGUGUGAAGGGUUUGGCAUGUUCAAGAAACCAAAAGGUUUUGGGUAUAACAAUGAUCAAGGGUAUUGAAAGGCACAAGUUAGGUUUGUAGACAUAGGUGGACCAGAUCAUUUAAUUCCAUCCUAAAUGAAAGGUAUUAAAGGGUAUUCAGUGGAGGAAUGACAUGAUUGAUUCACAUUUCACAAUGAUUGCUGCCUGCUAAGUAGACAAUGGUUUGUAAAGGGAGGAAAGUGAAAGGAGAGAUCACAUUCGAGACUGCUAGCAGUCCAGGUUGGAGAUGAUAAUGGCUUGGAGUGGGUGGUAGUAGUAGAGAUGGAGAGGAAAUGUAUUUAAGAUAUAGUUUAGAAAUCAAAUCAUUGACCUGCUAACAGUGGAUAUAGGAGUAAUAGGAAUUAGGGACAGCUUUUGGUUUGUGGUCUGAGGAGCUGAAUUAGAGAGCAGACCAGUUACUGGAAUGGAUAACACUGGAAUGGAAAUAGGUUUGGGGAAGGAGAAAUCUAGAACUCUGUUUUGAAUUAACAUUUGAGGUAUGUGUGAGAUAUACAAGUAGACAUUUCAAGUGGUGGUUGUAUAUAUGGACUAGCGCUCUGGGUUAGUUAUAGCUAGAGCUUUGCACCUGGGAGUCAUCAGAUGAACAGAAGGUAUUUAAAGCCAUGGAAGAAAUGAAUGAAAUCACCUGGAGCUGCACUAUCCAAUAUAGUAGCCACUGGUCAUUUGUAGGUAUUUAAAUUAAAUUUAAAAUUUAGGUUCUUCUACUGACCAGAUUUUAAGUGCACAAUAACUAUAUGUGGCAGUUGGCUACCGUAUUGGAUAGUGUAGACAUAGAACAUUUUCAUCAUUUCAGGAAGUUCUUUCAGACAGUACUGGCUCCAGAGAGUAUAGCAAAACAUGAGGACCCAAGAUAGAGUCCUAUGAAACACCAAUUUAGUAUUUAGAGAGUUGGACAGGAGGAAGGCCAGGAAGAGAUACGAAGUGCAGUCAAUAUUAUGAGUGGACACAUGACACAGGCACAGUUGAAAUAGGGUUGAAUGAACUAAGCUACAGGAGGUGAUCAUUAAAAUCCUAAAUAUUAAUAAGUCCCCAGGAUGUAGAUAAUAUGUAUGUUAGGUGAUAUCACUAUCUUAAAAUGGGAGAGAGAGAAUGAACAGGAAGAAGAAUAUAGGAAUGGAACUAUGAAACAGUUUGGACUUACAGAGGAGCAUCAUGGAAGUUGACCAACCCUAGGAACUCUCCCUCAAAGAUGAAAAUGUUUGUAGGUGAAAAAUGACAAGACAAAUUUUAGGAGUAUCACAAAGAAUUAUCAAAACAUAGCAAAAUAUACAUAUUUCAGAGAGAUUAAGAAAUAGCAUGUAGAAAUGGAUGUCCCCUACCAAGAGAAUUCCUAACUGUCUUCCUUACCAGAGGCCUAGAGACAGGUACUUGAAAGCCCAUAUCAAAGACCAUAGUCUGUGAUGAAGGAAUUGUAAAAUGGAAGACCUUCCAGUUUGUAAUGACACUUUCCACACAUCUCAAAGUCAGAAGAGGAAUGAAAUUAAUACUUCCUAAAUUUUGGAGAAAUAUAAAAGAAAAAUUAGAAACUUAAUUUCUAAUUUACAAUUAGCAAUAUAAAUAAAUUGCAAUUGGCAAUAUAUUAAAAUCAAAGUUGAUUAUGGUAAAAUUUUGUCUUCAAAAUUUUCAGAAGUAGGAUUGGAAAGUGAGGAAAUAUAAAAAUAGUGUAUAGAGUUAUUCAUAUUGUGGAAAUCAGCUGGCCUGCCCAGAAUCUCUUGGGGGAAUGAAUAAUGAAAUCCCUCAGAGGUACCUACAGAGUUGUCUUAGAAGCAAUUCAGUUGCAAAACAGUGUCUGCAAUUCUAAGCUUGUCUUUGUCAUGGCCAAGUCAGGGUUCUGUAUUACUCAUCUCUUAUUUGGUUCCCAGCAUCCAUUCUUCCCUCUGCAGACAAAACCCAUAUAUUCUUAGGGAAAGUAUCGUUUCUUAGCCACCUGACUUGGCUUCAGUCCCAACUCUAUAAGCCCAUGUCCAUCACCUUGUCCUAUUUGGUCACAGAGCCAAUGAGCUAUGAGGAGAUAUUUACUGGGUCUUCUGAAAGAGAGAGGCUUUUCUUUGACAACAACCAAAGGAGGCAUUCUCUGUCCUCCAUAUGAUAUCUAGGAAGAUACGAGACCUGGAACUAGGGUAACACUUCUUUUCUGUUAAAAGGGAAGGUGAGGGGGAGUCUAGAGCUUCCUGGUGUUAGCCUGUGGGGCCUGAGGAUGAAGCCAAUACUGAAGAAGAUAGUGGCAAUGCAGACAAAAACUGGGUCCCUGGUGACAUUGAGCCAUUAGCCCAAGCCUUACCUGAAAUAGACUUACCUCUGGACUUUUCAGUUAUGUGAGCCAAUACAUAUCCUUUAUUAAACUAGUUAGAUUUGGGUUUUCUGUCAUCUGUAACUUAGUCAUAUUGAUACAGGCUUGUAUUUGAAAGCCUGGCCUCUUAUACAGCACCUUAAUGUUACAUUUUCUCCUGUUUAGUAGUCACAUGAGCUGCUUAUUUGUAUCUCAUCUCAGUUGCUUGGAGCUUGAGUGGCUAAAUAGCCAACUCUCAUGCCUUAAACUUAAUUUCAUGAAUACCACCAGACUUAUUUGUCAUGUCUUAGCAUACCUUCCAAAUGUGGAUAUAAUACUCUCGGUUCCAGAUUCUCUAGUAGAUAACUUCCUAUCUCUGAUGUAUUUUCUAGACCCGCCCCCCCCCGCCCCCCGACCUAUGUGAACUUGAGGUUUGCCAUGUCACCUCUAUUUUAAGGUGGAUUCUUGUGAAAUAACAAGGUAUUUUUCAUAUUCACUAAGGCUUUGUUUUAGUGAACAGUGUUCCAGUACUAUUAAGAGGUACAGAGUCCCCUAGAGCAUGUUCUCUGAAGGUGAAAGUCAUUUCUCUGCUGAGUAAUUGAGAAAUGAGCAAAAAGAGAAAACAAAAAGAACUGGCUUUGAACCCCGCUCCCCAAGAAUAGAACUAUAUUUCUGGUGUAAGUGAUACAGGUGUUGGAGAUAAGCCACUGUAUUUUUCAGUCUCCACCCCCGAUUACAGGCUGGACUAGUAUGCUUAGUAUGAAAGAAGCAUGAGACCCAUUCUGAUCUCUAGUAUAUUGGACCCACUAAAGCUGAUAAAAAGUUAUUUACUUAUUUUCAAGUAUAUAACAAAAUCUUAUUUGUUGAUAAUAUAAAGAGAAAUGAGAAAGAAUUGGUGUGAGAAAAGAAGCCAAAAUGUAAAUUUGUCUGGCAAUCAACUGUUGUCCCAGGUGGUGUCCUAUACUAUAGAUUAUUCUUCCCUUCAGAUGUGUUUCCUGCCCACCAAAAGCACCCUAUGGAGAGACAGACAUAGGCUUUUGACUCUGCCCCAUUCUCUUUGAGAACAUAGUAAUUCUGAAUGCAUGGAAUCUAACCACCAGGCCCCAAGGUUAUUUUAUUUUCCUGGGAGACUCAAAGGAUACUCAUGCCAAAGGGGCUAAGUUCCUCUGAUGUAUCAGUCCUGGAGGUGGCAAAUCAGAUUCCCUGAUGUUCCUUUGAAAAAUGCAAACCUUUAUGAAGAGGAAACUAGAGAAGGGAGGGAGAGUAGAAUAUGCUGGAAACUGGUAGCAAAAAACAUAAAAGAUAAAAACCCCAGGAUGUAUACAGUGUAAAUAUUCUGAAAAGGUAACAGAUACACCUGAGGGAAGCCACUCAUGAUGGCAUUAAUAAAGAAACUGAAAAUCAGCUGACAGCGUACAUAAGACAUAGGGACAAUCUAUUCAUUCUUUUCAGCUUCCAUGGCUUUAUUUCAUAUAAUUACCAUCUCAGAGUUUUGUGAUAGCUAUUGUCUUUUCAAUCCUCUAAGAUCAAGAAAAUGUUCUUAAAAUGAAAACCUAUUAUAUCACUCUCUUUCUAUAAGUCCUUUAAUUAUUUUUCUGUUGCUUAAAAAGCAAAGCCCAAGUUCCUUUGGUGAAUAAUCAAAAUUGUAUUACUGGUUUGUUUUAAUUGAUGGUUUUACUGUAUCCCCCAUCAAUCUCCAACUUAGAUCUCAGCUACAGCCAUAAUUUUUAACCAUGUUUUGCUUUUUCAAGGAAUGAGGAAUAUAUCUGUGUAGGUCAGCUGGAGGUGAUUGUGCUCCCCUUCCCUAGACAAUUUGGCAAUUAGAGAAAUUUUUUGUUGUCACAGUUGAGGAUUGGGCUGCUCCUGGCAUCUGCCGGUAGAAGCAGGCAUGCUACUAAAUAUGCUGCAAUGCACAAGGCAUUCCGCCACAACAAAGAUUAUCUGACACCAAAUGCCAAUAGUGCUGCCUUUAGGAAAAUCUUGUACAGGCCAACCUCAUCUGGAGGUUUGUUAAUCAUUUCUUUGAUCCUUUAAAAACCUGUUCAACAUAAAGAACAUACCAGAAUAGAAACACAGAUUUAUUAAGAGGAAGACUUUUUGCCUACAGUGGGUGAUCAAGUCAGUUGCAAAAUUAGCUGUGCUCUGCCAGCCUGCAAAGCCAAUUUUCUCCUCUAGGUCAAAGAGUGCUGGAGCUAGAAAUGAGUAUAUUCAAAAGGUGCCAGGAAAAAAAAAAAAAAGGUGCCAGGAACACCCUCUGCUGGACAGAGGUAAGACUGCUCUUGUUCUAAGCACAGGCAACUGAAAUAGGAUGGAAAGGCAUAGACUCUGCCUCUCCUCAAGUUCUUCAUGUUUCUCUGGAGUCAAUGUUUAAAAUAUAAUUGCUUUAGUGGAGAUCUAGGAGGAUGGAACAAAAUCCUAGUUCUGUGGCUUAAAGACUAAAACUACAAGGUUAGGAGGCCCAAUUCAGGAUCUUAAGAAUAUCUCUGGUAGAACUGAAUAACUGAUAGAUGCCCUUUCCUUCCCUGCAACUGAUAAUGUAGUGGACUUGAUUGGUUGCUGCUCUGGCCUCCAUCCUCCCCUUUCUUCUUUUUAAUAAAGGCACUCACAUUUCACAGCCAUAUAGGAUAGUUUAACUAUACUACUGGCUAACAGGAUGGGACCUGACUGGCUUAAAUCAUUUGGAAUAAUGCCAUUUCCUUUGCUACAUUUAAUGGUUGUGACUUAGGUUGAUCCAAACAGAGUGGAGCUCAGGACUUUUGAAAAUAGCUUCAGGGGGAGAUGCCCUCUCUUGGAUUUAAAUUGAGAAGCAUAUAGCCAUGGCCACGACCACCCUAUAUAGUGUCUGUGCAAACUGCAAAGAAAGUAUUCCUGUGGACAGUUGAAGUAUUUUUUUCAUUUAUAGUUUGUGUUUUUGUGUGUAUCAUUUAAGAAAUCUUUGCCAUACCCAAGGUAAUUAACAUUUUCUCCUGUUUUCUUCCACAUGUUUUAUGGUUUUAACUCUUACAUUUAAGUCUAUAAUACAUUUCAAGGCAAUUUUUUGUAUGGGAAUGGGCUAAGAUUAUUUUUUGGAUUAACUUCAAUUUUUCUAGAACCAUUUGUUGGACAGAUUAUUUUUCCCAUUGAACUGCACGGUCACAAUCCUAUAUAUGAAUCUAUCACCAGACUCACUGAUUUGUCUGUCUUGAUGCCAAUACAAUAUCAUCUUCAUUACUAUUAUCUUUAUAACUGUUGAAAUCCGGCAGUGUAAGUCUUCCAAUUUUCCCCCUAAGGUUAUUUUGGUUUUUUAUCAUUCCUUUGCAUUUCCAUAUACCUGUUAGAAGAAAUUUGACAAUUUCAACAAAAACAUCUGCAGGGAUUUUGGUUGAAUCUGUAAAUCAAAUAGGCAGUAUUUUGGAUUUUGAUCCAUGAACACGGUAUAUCUAUGUAUUUUAAUUUUGUAGUUUUUCUGUACAGGUGUGGUACAUCUUUUGCCAAAUUUAUCUCUAAAUAUAUAUUUAGAAGCCAUUGUAAGUAAUAUUUAACUUUCAAUCUCCUCUUUGCAGAAUAUAGAAAUAAAAUAGAGUUUUAAAUAUUGAUCAGAACCCUGAAAUAUUGGGCUAACUGCCGAGGCAAACCCAUCAGCCCCAUUAAAAUUCCCAUCAUGACCAUGAAUUUUCUAGGCGCAGAAGGAAAUUGGUUGGGAAGGAACUGGACCUGAUUCCGGCUGGGGAUGCGCGCAGCAUUGUGGGCCCCACUGCUCAUUGGUCUAGGUGGGCCCCACGCCUCCACCCGGUAUUCAACGGAAUGAAUAGCUCUACCUCUAAUUCUUGUUUUAGACAUCUGCCGCCUCUCUGGGGAAGCCAGUUAGAGAAGCACCCCUGUCUGGGUGUCUGGGAACCUAGAAUCAGAACUGGGAGAGAAGAUGGGAGGAGCAGACAGUGCCUGCUCUUUUCCUCCGGUUAGUCUCCCAGGGUCUGAAGGAGGAACCACCUAGGUGUGGGUCUCCAAGGUUCCUAAGAGAGAACCGGAGGGAGGUUAGGGUCGGGCUGGUCAUGGUGACAAUGCAUUUCUGGCACAGCAUGUUUUUCUUUUAGGCGGAGGGGUUUUGUUUGUUUUGUUUUUUUAAGAUUGCAUUCAUUUAUUCAUGAGAGACACACACAGUGAGACAGAGACAUACACAGAAGGAGAAGCAGGCUCCCUGCCUGGACUCCAUCCCAGGACCCGAGCCAAAGGCAGAUGCUCAACCACUGAGCCACCCAGGUACCCUUGUUUUGUUUUUUAAGUGUGAGGGUACCAUUUGAAUAUUGACUCUUGCUGACCACAACUUAUGUCGAGAGAAAAUCUGUAGGCCUGGAGCGGAGCCCAAGGUGAGCAGUCCGGUUGGUCCUGGAAGGAUGGGAAGGACUCUGUACAGAGCCCGACUUUGAUAGUCGCUUUGGUCGUGACUAGAGAAGGUAUUGUGAGACCUGGAGUGCUGGCCAGACUUGCACCCCCCACUUCCAGCUUUUCCACCACAUUUGUCUAUUUUCCUGUAAGGCGUUAGGACAGGGGGCGGUUCGGACAGCCCCAUAAGGAUAUCACCAUCCCCCUUCUAGGCUAAUCCAGCCGCGGUGGAUAUGCUUGUCCUCUCCCUCCGUGCUUGCAUCUGGGCUCUAGAAACACCCAUCUCUCUUAGAAUGCCCAACCCCAGGACCCCGUUCAUUUUCAGGUGGACCUAGAAAAUUGUAAACACUUAACUCCAUUGGUAUGGCUUUUAGCCCACACCAAAAGCUUGUAACUGUCCAUGGAGCAGCCAAAGGGUCUAGUACAUUGCAGUUUGGGAGUUUUACUCUAAGAUGGAACUUGCUUCUGAAAUAUUGGGAUGACAGUAAGGAAUUCUUAUUUUUAACAUCUGUCUGUUAACCCUGUUCAUUGCAUCCUCUUUUACCUUGUGUCGUAACAUUAAAGUUCUGAGGAUUCAGACCUAACUGGGGUUUACAAUCAGCCUCUGUUCAUGAAGUAACUUGGGUUGCAACAGAUUUAUCUGAUAAUAUCAACGCUUGAGAUUUUUAAAAAGAUCUUAUUUACUUAUUCAUGAGAGAGAUAGAGAGAGGCAGAGAUGUAGGCAGAGGGAGAGAGAAGCAGGCUCUUCACAGGGAGCCUGAUGUGGGACUCGAGCCCUGGACCCAGGAUCAUGCCCUGAGCCAAAGGCAGCCACUCAACCGCUGAGCCACCCAAGUAUCCCAAUGCUUGAAAUUAUUUUAUGGCUGACAUCAGAUUCUAGAAAAUGUUCUGGGUUAUUUAGGAAAACUUUAAGUCUACUAUAUUUCAGAUAAGUCACAUAGGGCUUUAAUAUUUUUGAAGCCUAUGUUUUUCAACAACCAUUUACUUGAUCUGACCUUUUUGAAGGUUUCUUGUGAGAUUGUGGAAGUCCCAAUCUCCAUGAAAUACCUCCUAUAUUGGACAAGACGGUACAAAAAUCCAGUAACACCUUGAUUUAAGAGAAACAGAACACCCAUGUCCAAGGAAUACCCUAAUUACUCAAUUUGCAGGGAAUUACUACUUGUGUUAAUAUUGGAUAGAAUACCUUUCAUAUUAGCUCUGCAUGUGAGGAUGUAACAUUGCCUUUUCUCUUAUGUCCUUCAAUUCAUAAUUUUAACUACUCUGUUCUUAUUAUAGUCUUUAUACUCACAGAGGUGUAGUGUUUAGCAUCAUCUGACAGCCUUUCCCAUGACCUACAUGCCUGGCUUCCUUGACCUUCCUGAAGGGCUUUAGCAUCAGAAUGCCAUGGACUUGGGAAAACAGAACUGAGAUUGGUUGUGGGAUUUGUCUUGUCUGUUCAUGUGUGAUGUGUGAGCAGGACAACUGGGUAUGGUGAUAGCAACCAUCUUGCCUCAAACCAAACCAGUUAAAGUGUAAAGAUUUACCAGUACAUGUAGUUUUGGUAUGUAUGGAAUCUCUGAUCUAACCAGUGGUACCUGCUGUAUUGCAAGUAUUGUCUUUAAUGGGCAUACCUUGCAGAACCAACCCACUGUUUUCCAAUGAUGAACUAAGUAGCUGACAGAGUGGGGUUUGGAAAUCAGUUAUGAAUAUAAUACUGUAAUACUUGGGAUAUGCCUUGUAACUUGGUAUGUAAUUGAAACAUGGCUGCUAUUCAAUUUUUUUUCAACUUACCUUCUUCCCACCCUUGCCAGAGCUAUACAAUUAAUGAAGCGUCUUAAAAAUAAUCUAUAUAUCUUAGAUAAAACAGUAUUAGGGAGUCUUAAAAUCUUAUUGGUAAAUUAUCUCCAAGUCUUGUUUUGGUUUACUUCAUUCGAAUUAUUGGCUUUUAUUGCUGAAAAGGAAUUUUGAAGUUGCCUAAUCCAACUGUCUUAUUUCUAUACAGCAGAAAAGCAGAGGUUGAGCGGGACUUUUUCAAGGUCUUCCAGUGUUUGUGUGCAUAUAUAGUAAACAUUUUCCAAUCUCCGGCAUGGGGAUUCUAGGGAACUUUAUUCAUAGCUUGGGGCUCCAUUUUUCUUUUUGGUAUAUAAAUCCUCUAUCCAUCCCUCACCCCGGCCCCUGUCUCCUUUCCUGGCUAUUCUCCUGUGAUUAUGGAUCUGGAUUCAUGGAAUCUACAGUUUUCUCAGGCUCCUUCCUAGAAUAUCUGCUUGGUCUCAGCAUUUUGAUCUGUGCCUGUAAUCUUCCUCUUGCGAGCAGAGAAUUAUGCUGCCCAAUAUAAACAAUGUUAAUAUUAAAAGCAGGACCUGGGGUAGCAGUUCUACACAAGAAAUUGUGGUCAGUCCCAUCUUGCUAAUGUAUCUUUCUGUGCCUUAAGUUCCUGAGAGCUUUUCUGCAUAAGAGGAAUUAAAUAAGCUAGGGAAUACACCCCUUAUAGCUUAGCCUCAGGUGAGCUUUGGUUUCUUUGAUCUUUUGUCCACUUGAGUUUUGGGAUAAACCAAUGCAGGCACUUCAGUGAAACUGUGUCUGAAGGUGAAGAUGCAUCUAUCUGUAUUCACCAGCAGAGUAACCUCUGAGAGAUUUCAGAUAAAAUAAGAAAGAUAGGAGAAGGUGUACACCUGGCCUGAGAGGACAGGAUGAAUCCUGGGAGUGGGGCAGUGGCAGCAAGAAUUACCCUCAGGACAUGGAAAUACGGUUUAGCCCUUGAACAAUGCAGGAGUUAGGGGCACUGGUCCCUGCAGUCAAAAAUUCAUGACUCCCCUAAAACUUAACUAAUAAUAGCCUACUGUUUACCAGAAGCCUUGUCAAAUAGGGGGUAUAGCUCAGGGGUAGAGCAUUUGACUGCAGAAGCCUUGUCAAUAACAUAGUAUAUUAACACAUAUUUUGUAUGUUAUACAUAUUAUAUGCAGUAUUCUUACAAUAAAGUAAGCUAGAGAAAGGAAAAUGUUAUUAAGGAAAUCAUAUGGAAGAGAAAAUACAUUUAUAGUACUGUACUAUAUUUAUUUUAAAAAUCCAUUUAUAAGUGGUCCCAUGCAGUUCAAACCCCUGUUGUUCAAGGGUCGACUGGACUUGAAGGGCAGGCACAAACUAGUUAUGGAGACUCAUUCCCUUAUUCUAUUUUGUUAUUCUACUAGCUGACAUUUGACUAUACUGGCGUAACACCAAAAAUGUGGGAGUGUUUUAACCAACAUGUAUAGAUUGUGUAAUUGAUGUUUGGCAUCCAUUGAUCACAACGCCAAACUAAUAAGCCAGAGUUGUUUACAUCUCCCCUGUUGUCUAACUUUCAUGGGUGUGCAGGAAUCAUGUUACAAAUGCUCCAACUACAGACUCAAACAUCUGUGUUUUGCUUCCUGCCCAGUAGACCAUACCCACCUGACAGCUUCCCACCACCAUAGUAAUAAAGGCUUUUGCCUAUGUUUGCUGCUCACUCCUUUUCCUGACCGACCCUGGUACUUCCCCAUGUGGCUCUGUGUGGUGUGGCAUGCCACCUAUCUUUUCAGGAGUUAUAAAUAAUAAAUUAUUCUUUCAAAUGCAGUUAUAUCCUUUCCUUUCACCUUCCUAUACCUGAUUUUUAAAAAUCCUGAGUACAUUUUAAACACAGGAUGAGCCCCGCAAUAUAUAAAUUUUUAUGCCAAGUCAUGGCAAAUGCCAUGAAGGAGAAUAAAACAGGGAAAAGGUAUAGCAAAGGGUAGAUAGAGUGACUGGGGACAGAUUCCAGUGAAGGGACAUUUGAACAAGAGAUCAGACUAAAAUAGGGAUCAAGAUGUCCUGAUAUUUAGGAGCAUAGCAUUGUAGGCAGAGGGAAUAGCAAAACACUAAGGACCUGAGGCAGGAGAGAACAUGUUUGGAGUGUGUAAAUAGGAAGGCAGUGAGGCAGCAUUGCUUAAGAGUCGGGUGGCUUCAGAGCAUAGGAGGUGGACUGAUCUCCCCAAAUUUCUCUGUUGAAGCUCUAACCCCCAGUACUUCAGAAUGUGACUGGAGAUGGGGUCUUUAAAGAUAUAACUAAGUUAAAAUGAGGUUGUUAGAGUAGGCCCUAAUCUAAUCUGAUGGGGGUCCUUAUAAGAAGAGAUUAGACACAGAUACCAGGAGUGCACAUGCACAGAGGGACAUCCAUGUGAAGAGGCAUGGGAGGAUGGCCAUCUACAAGCCAAGAGGUCUCAGAGGAAUCCAACCUACCGGUACCUUGAUCUUGGAUUUUUGGCCUCCAGAACUGGAGGAAAAUAAAUUUUUAAGUCACCCAGUCUGUGGCAUUUUGCUAUGUCCUAGAGAGAACUCACUGGAGAAAAGUCCUAUGAGUAAGGAUCAUGGCAAAGACUUUGCCUUCAACUCUACUUCUAUUCAGACACUUCACUGAAACUGAAGGCAGAGAUGCAUUCACCUGUUUUCACCAGCAAGGUGACCCCUGAGAGGACCCACCACAGGGGAGCAGUCCUAUAUGUGCAAAGAAUGUGGCAGGGCCUUUAGCUGCAGCUCCCAUUGCACUGCACACCAGAGAAUCCACAACAGGAGAAGCCUUCUGAGUGUAGAUGUGGCAAAGUCUUCAGCUUCAGCCCAGGACCAGCAAGUCCACACUGGAGAGAAAACUCUCAGAUGCAGGGACUGUAGCAAGGCUGUCAGAAAAUUACCUGUCUUCUAAUUCAGAGGACAUCUACUGGAGGAAAAUCCUUUGCAGGUAAUGCAUGUAGUAAAGAUUUUAGUUUGAACUCACAGCUCAUUCACCACCAAGUACUGCAUGCUGGGGAAAGAUCCUACCUUUGCAAGAAGUGUGGGAAAGGCUUCCCUCAGAACUCACAUCUUCAACAGCACUAGAGAAAGCUUAUCAGUGUAAGGACUGCAGCAAAGCCUUCAAGCAGAAAGUCAGCUUGAAUCCACAUCAGUGUAUCCACCCUUAGGCAAAACCCCAUGAGUUAUGAGAAGAGCUUCAGUAAGAGUUCACAAUGAAGCAAGACCAGAGGCUCCACAUUGGAGAAAAACACUAUGAAUGUAAGAAAUGUGGGAAGUCUUUGUUUGGAACUCAAAUUUUAUUCAUCAUUGGAGAAUUCAUCCUGGAGAGAAAUUUCUAAAUGUAAUCAUUUUUUUUUUUAUGUAUCCCCCCAAGUGCAAGUUAGCAGGCCCUCCCCUUCUUGCCUUGACAAUCCCAGUCCAGCUGUACUUUCUGCCCCUCCCCAGAGUACUCUUUCUGCUCCAGCCAUUCCUUUCUGUUCACUGUCUGCAACACAUACUGUUUCAUUUUCCACCUCUGAGCCUUUGCCUUUUCUGCUCCGCCAGGUACCCUCUAUCCACUUCUGCCCCUUUCUUUGAUCCUACCUAGCCUUGAGACCUUUUGGAACUUAUCACUCUGUUGCUGCCUCUCUUACCACAACCUCUUUCAUCUCUGUUUUCUUAAAGAAACAUUUAUUCUAUUUAAAAUUUACAUGCUAGAUUUUUUUAUUGUUGUUUUGUAUUUUUGUUUUUAUUUUCCCUCCAGUUGACUCAAUGUCAUUUCCAACUCUGCAGUGGUAAGCUUCUUCAGAGCAGGAUAGGUCAGGAAGUUGUGAUGUCCCCAAAGGAGAUAAAUGAAUGGAGUUGUACAGUUGCUACGGUUGAAGAUUGUAUCAAUCUGUGUCCAAUAAGGAGACAGAAACUCAGUGAUUUUAAACAAGCAAGAUUUAAUAAAAAGAAUUAUUAUUAUUAUUUUUAGAGAAAGAGAGACAGACAAUGAGUGGGGAGGAGCAGAGGGAGAAGAAAGAGAGAAUCUUAAGCAGGCUCCACACUCAGCAUGGAGCUGGAUGUGGGGCUCAAUCUCAUGACAUAAGAUCACGACCUAAGCCCAAACCAAGUGUCAGCUGUUUGACUGAGCCACCCAGGUGCCCUAAUAAAAAGAAUUAUUAAGUUAUGAUGAAAGAGCAGCCUAUUAAGAUGUAAGAGAAUGCUAUAUGGUACCUUAGGGCUGAUGGAGUUACCAAAGGAAGGACAAAUUUAGAAGGGAGUUUUCUCCCCAAGGCUGAGGUGCAAACCUUGUUGGAGAAGGUAUAGCUGUACUCCACUAGGUGGCAGAGUAUUAUCUGGUUUGCUCAGGCUAGCACUGGUUUAUAGUUGGUGGGCAAGCAAGAAAGAACCCUCUAGGGCAUGAGUAAUCUAUAGUCAUUGCAUAGGUACACAGAUGGCACCAUUGUGGGCCAGAGUACAUUGUGUUCACAUUGGGAGAAUCACUAGGGACAAAUCUGGGGUGGAGAUGUUUACUGAAGAUUGACAUGUAUAUUGAUGAUUAGGAUUAGGAUUGAAUACACAUUGAAAUAGUUAUGAUCACCAGGCAUAUAUGCAAAGAAGAAAGUGGCUACCUGGACUCAUAAAGAUUACACUAAUAUUUGCCAUUGAUAUGUGUCAGUAAAUGAGUGUUUGACUUUCAGAUUUAUUUAUCUAUGACAUGUGGUUUAGCCCUCUGAGAUUGUUCAUCUAGUAUGAAUUUUCUUGAAUACCAUGAGAAAAAUUAUCACAGGCUUGCACAAGUUAUGAAAGCAAAAUGUUUCUGCCAUCUCACUAUCUCAAGAUAUCAUACUUUCAUUUUUUAAAAGUCUAUGUUUAGUCCUUGUCCCAUGUAUAUACAUAAUUUUUAUGAUCUUAAUCAUAACAAAUUAAUUUUUAAUAACUAUUAUCUUAAGCAACUUCCCUCUUCCCAUUUGCGUAUGAUUUUCAUGAUUACUAAUUGUCAGUGAGUAGCUGUAUCUUUAUUAUCUAUUCCCCUCAUCAAAUGUUAAAUUAAAAUUUUGAGCAGUGGCUUUGUCUUAGUCUUUGUUUUUUUAAUUCGACAGCCAUCAUAGUGUCCUGUACCCUAUAGGCAGUAACUUCUUGUUUUUCGAAAUAGUUUGAUGGACAUUUAGGAUAAUUCUUGUUGUUAGCUCUUAAUAAUAAUGUUGCUAUAAUCAACUUGGUGAUUUUCUUCUUUUUUAUUAUUUCCUCGGGAUAAAUUGUCAGGAAUGAGAAUACAAAUCCAAAAGUAUGAAGAUUUUUGGUUUUGAAACGUCAUCAAAUAAUCAUUAUAAAAAUUCAUACGGGCUCUCUGCAUGGAGCCUGCUUCUCCCUCUGCCUGUG